ACUGCUCGCAGUAUGCUUAAAAACACGCAGAGCACCCACUACCAAACAAAAACGAUCACUUGUUACUGUUUUAUCCUAAAACCCUAACCCCCGAAAUCCCCCAAAAUCUCCAAAACCCUACCAUGCCUUUUCUUCUUCUAUCGUCGUGAUUUUAUUCCAUCGACAGAAUCCAGAAAUGGAAGUCGAACCAUCCGAGGAAGAAUCCUCCAAAACAGUAGCAAAUUUAUUAAGCGAUAUAGCGAUAAAGGGUCCGUUACCAUCAUCAGUAGCUAAGUUAUCGGGGUCUUCUAGGGGCAUUCCUUCGGAGAAAGAUUUCCAUUUCUACAAAAAUUUCAAUGAAUUCAAGACGCCCAUCAAAGAAAUCGACGAUAAAUCGAAAAGCUUGCUGGAGAGAAUUGGUGUUUCGUCGCAAUUGUGGGGGAAAGCGCUGGAAUUUCCGCGGAAUUUGGAUUUUGAUGAUCUUGAUGCGUAUGAUUGGUUGGUGAACAUCAAUGAUGAUGUUUUGGAGAAGCUUGAUGCCUCACUCGAUGAAUUUCGCGUAGGAAGAGGUGAGGAGAGUGGCUUUCAAGUGGUACAGGGGAGAAAGAAUAGGAGAGGAGUGACUAGUGGUAGUGAAGAAGCGGUCAGAGGAGUGCAGGUGGCUGUGAAGCCCAAGCCUAAAGUGCCAUUUCAUAUAGCAACGAUUCCGAGGCCUCAGGAUGAGUAUAAGUUUAUUGUGAAUAAUUCCAAUCAGCCCUUUGAGCAUGUUUGGUUGCAGAGGAGUGAGGAUGGUUCCCGUUUUGUUCAUCCUUUGGAGAAUCAUUCAUUCUUGGACUUUGUUGAUAGAAGUACCAGCAACGUCACACCUGUAAAACCUCAUCCACUAGAGUCUACGCCUUUCAUGCUUGUAGAAGAUGUCAAAGAUUUGAAGAAGUUAGCUGCCAAGUUGAAAGUUGCAGAUGAGUUCGCGGUUGAUCUGGAACAUAAUCAGUACCGCUCUUUUCAAGGACUUACAUGCCUAAUGCAAAUAUCUACCAGAAGUGAGGAUUUUGUGAUAGACACGCUUAAGCUUCGCAUUCAUGUUGGCCCAUAUUUGAGGGAAGCUUUUAAAGAUUCCAACAAGAAAAAGGUGAUGCAUGGAGCAGAUCGAGAUAUUAUAUGGCUUCAGCGGGACUUUGGCAUAUAUGUCUGCAACUUGUUUGACACUGGGCAGGCCUCAAGGGUAUUGAAAUUGGAAAGGAACAGUCUGGAAUAUUUGUUGCACCAUUUCUGUGGAGUUACUGCAAAUAAGGAAUACCAAAAUGCUGAUUGGAGACUACGCCCCCUUCCUCAUGAGAUGCUCAGAUAUGCGAGAGAAGAUACACACUACCUUCUGUAUAUCUAUGAUUUAAUGAGAAUGAAGCUACUAUCAGCAUCUAGUGAGACUGAAGAUGUCAAUCCUCCUCUCGAAGAGGUAGGCCCUUUUCUAUUUUCUUCAUUGGCUACCUGAGAAAGGCAAGAUGUGGUUACCAUUUGCUAUUUUUGCUUAUCAAUUUUCUGUUUUCUAUAUUUGUCUGGAAUAACAUGUUGGAUAAAGGCCUAUUGGUCAUGGGGUAUGUAAUCAGAUUGGCAUUUCAUCUGAGGAGGAAUUGUACCUGUAUUUUUAAUGUUUUGUUUAAGGCUGAGCAGUGCCUUUGAUCAACUGGACCUUUGAUCAACUGUGUCCCAGAGUAAUCAGAUUAAUUCUCGAUAUCUUACUGGAAAGUACAUAGCCUUUAGUUCAUAAACUGUUGUAGAUAAAGAUAUUUGGAAAAUAUAACAGAUUGACCAAAUACUUUGGUGUUAAGAAAAAUAUAAUUGUUAAUCUUUUCUUUUUCUUCUCUGGAGUUUGUGUACUGUGAAUGCAUCUUGGAUCUCGUCCUUAUCACUACCUGAAAAUCAUAAAAGAAGAAAUGGAGGACACUAUACUACUUUUCUUUUAAAUUGUCCUGCAUCUUAGUGGAGAAUUGAACACUUCCAUGGUCCACGUGGGGAUUAAUAAUUGAUGGGCAAUAAAGAACACGUCUAGGUUUUGAUGUUGAAGUAUGGGAAGAUAUGCCGUAGAAGCAGGAAAUCCCAACUAAUAGUGGCAUUGUCAUCCCCACAUUUGCCAAAUAGGUGCUUGCUUUGUAACUGGCUAACUAAGGUGGGCAUUAGUUAACUGUUCCAGAAGAAUCUGCAAAUAUUUGGUCAAACUGCAAAGUUCUCCCCAAGAGCGUAUGCAUGGGACUACUGAGACUGUAGGUGACCAUAAUGGAUAUAUUUGCAGU